AUGUACAAAAUUUAUUUUCAAAAAUGGAGACACUUGGUGACACACAGCGAGCGACAGUGUUUGAGGACUGUGUCUCGUCUCGACGCAGUCACACCUUGGUGCUCAACAUCAAAGCAACGUGCCGGUACGACCCUGAACCCUGCACAUUCACCCAGCCUUUACAGGACAGGUUCUGGUACAGGGUCUACGACAAGAACAUCCUUCAGUUCACGCAGUUUGAGAUGGUUGGCCACGAUCUGCAAGUGGGAUCGCUGGAAUACAAUAAUUUCUCUUGUGCAGCGACAUCGGGGAAACACAUACAUCAUUAAAGCAGAUGCAGUAGUUAAAACGGUUCAACCCUACCUUGACCUGUACUUCUGCUGGCAGCUCACACAAACCUCACCUGGGGCCUUCCAGGUGUACGAACUGACAGCUGCUGAGAAGUCUGGACUAGUAGCGGGUGUCCGGGUGUACACCAGACGUGCUGGAGAUCCCACACCCGACUUCAGUGCCGUGUGUUCCUUGCGCUCGUCUGAUGAGACACCUACCUACUUGUUUGAGGUUACCUCCUCAAAUGCUACCGAUGUUGACGUCACUUCCGUCUCCGCUCAGUCAUGCCCAGACGCUGUUGUUGCCAAGUUCUCCUACGUCCACAAUGGCGCUGAAUGCAGGGACAAGACAUCGGACAUCGACUUCUGUGUUGAGCAGACUGCACGAGUCAACCACGAUCUGUGUUCUGCAGAAAUUCUGUUCUCAGUGGGAGGAGUUCUGAAGUGCAUUGCAACCUUCAGUGUACAAGGGUCACCUGUGGUGCUGCUGAUGAAUACAGACUCGUCUGUGAAUGAUUCCACAUCGCGCUUUGCCUGUAUGAAGCUGGACAAAGUCGGGGACAUCACACUGUCGACAGUAUCUGAAGACUGCAAGAUUAACGGAUCCAGUCACACACUUGAGCUGACACGAACAGGUGGCUGCACAGAGAGCAAGGACAAUGUCCCAUUAAUCGUUGGUCUUGUCGUCGGCAUCGCUGUCCUGGCUGCGGGGGUUGCUGCUGGUGUUGUCUGCUACAAAAGGGUUUCAAAAGAGGAGGAGGGCGAGAUCCGUCACUCCUCAGCUGCCUGCCGCCACUGAGCCGAGUAUAACCCAGUGAGAGACUUUAAAAAAGAGAAAUUCUGGAGCAUUCUACAAGCAGUCCACCAGCUUCAUCUCCUCCAGAUAAUCACAUCAGUGAUACACGACAGGGUGGACAGCUGUCUCCGAUGAUGUCAAUGAAUGAAGACUGUGAAUGACUGUAUUGGAUUUUUUUACCUGGGUGUUUUAUUUCUGGUGGCUUUGGUGAGAGGA